AUGUUUGCCAAAGCAACUCGGAAUUUUCUUAAAGAAGUUGACGCUGGAGGAGACCUGAUUUCAGUGUCACACUUGAAUGACUCCGACAAGAUGCAACUUCUAAGUCUGGUGACCAAAAAGAAGAGAUACUGGUGUUGGCAGAGACCCAAGUACCAGAUUUUAUCUGCCACCCUGGAAGAUGUUCUCACAGAAGGGCACUGUCUCAGUCCAGUGGUUGUGGAGUCGGACUUUGUGAAAUAUGAAAGCAAGAGUGAGAACCAUAAGAGUGGAGCUAUCGGCACGGUCGUGGGGAAGGUCAAGUUGAAUGUUGGUGGCAAAGGCCUGGUGGAGAGUCACUCUUCAUUUGGAACCCUGAGGAAGCAGGAGGUGGACGUGCAGCAGCUCAUCCAGGAUGCCACUGGGAGGACAGUUAAUAUGGACAACCUGGUGCUCCAGCAGGUGCUAGAGAGCAGGAACGAGGUCCUGUGUGUGCUGACACAGAAGAUCGUGACCACGCAGAAGUGUGUGAUAUCUGAGCAUGUGCAGUCGGAGGAGACGUGUGGAGGCAUGGUGGGGAUCCAGACCAAGACUAUACAGGUGUCAGCAAUGGAGGAUGGGACUGUCACCAAGGACACCAAUGUAGUACUGGAGAUCCCUGCUGCCACCACCAUUGCCUAUGGCAUCAUGGAGCUGUACGUGAAACAGGACGGCCAGUUUGAAUUCUGCCUCCUCCAAGGGAAACAUGGUGGCUUCGAGCACGAGAGGAAAGUUGACUCUGUCUACUUGGACCCCCUGGCCUACAGAGAGUUUGCCUUUCUGGACAUGCCGGAUGGGAGUCAAGAGAUCUCUUCGCAGGAUGGGCCACUACAUGCUUUAAAACAAGCAAGCCUGCACCUAGAGAGGAGCUUCCAUCCCUUUGCUGUGUUACCUGCCCAGCAGCAGAUGGCGCUGUUCUGUGUCCUGCAGAAAACCCUGUUUGAUGACGAACUCCUUAGGGCCCUGGAGCAAGUGUGUGAUGAUGUGGCCAGUGGCCUCUGGUCCUCACAGGCUAUAUUGGCAACGGAGGAGCUGACAGACAGUCAGCAGCAGAACCUCACAGCCUUCUUGCAACUGGUGGGAUACAGGGUACAGGGAGAGCGUCCCAGCCCACAGGACGAGGUCAGCAAUCAGAGGCUCUUUGCAACAGCCUACUUCCUGGUCAGUGCACUAGCAGAAAUGCCAGAUAAUGCCACAGUUUUCCUGGGGACUUGCUGCAAACUCCAUGUUAUUCCUUCGCUGUGCCAUUUGCUCCAUGCUCUGUCUGAUGGCAGCGUAUGUGAUUUUCAAGACCCCACCUUGGCUCCUCUGAGAGACACAGAGACGUUUGGCAUCGUGCAGCGUUUGUUUGCCUCUGCUGACAUUGCCCUGGAGAGGAUACAGUUUUCUGCGAAAGCCACCAUCCUGAGGGACUCUUGCAUCCUCCCACUAAUUCUUCAUAUCACUCUAAGUGGGCUCUGCACUCUAAGCAAACAGUGUGAAGAACAUCUUUGUCAGUCAGACACACUGUGAAUGGCUACAAGCAUUGUAGAUGGGUUAUUUUUAUCAGAGGCCUACUGUGCCGACAACACCUGAGUUACUGAGGGAAGAACCACCUGUCACUUUAUUUCCACUUAUGUCUUACAUUCAAA